AGCGAGGCUGAAUACAUUGUGAAUGAGCGUCUGAUAGUUCAGAGUCAGAUACAGACGGGCAAAGAUGCGCGUGGACUCUGUGUGGCUGGCGGCUGUAGUCGUCUCAUUACCGCUCCUCUCCCUCUGCGACCCCCUCUACGUUCUCACGGCCCCGAACCUGCUGAGAGUCGGGUCCCCCGAGAAAGUGUUUGUGGAGGCGCAGGACUAUUCUGGAGCCAGUCUGAAUGUUAAAAUCUCAGUGAGAAGCUCUAAAGAUAAGCGUGAAGUGACGAGUACAACAGUUUCUCUGACAUCUGCCAAGAACUACCAGGAUCUGGUUGAGAUAGAGGUACCCGGGAAUGAGUAUUCCUUUGAGAAAGGAAUCCAGCAAUAUGUGAUCCUGCAAGCUCAGUUUCCACAGAAGGUGCUGGAGAAACGGGUCAUGGUGAUUUUUCAAUCUGGGCACAUAGUUUUACAGACUGAUAAGACCAUCUACACUCCAGACAGCACAGUUUAUUACAGGGUGUUUUCACUGAGUGCAGGCAUGACACGGCCUGUAGAAAGUGGAGUCCGAGUGGAGAUCUUGACACCUGAUGGCAUCAGCCUUCAGAGUAAAUCUGUUUAUCCCGGUGGAGGAAUGGUGUCAGGAACAUUCAGCCUGACUGAUCCAGCCAGCCCAGGGAUGUGGAAACUUAUGGCGUGGCACCAGAACAGCCCGCAGACGAACUUCUCCAGUGAGUUUGAAGUCAAGGAAUACGUCCUGCCAAGCUUUGAGGUCACUUUGAGACCAGAGAAAGCGUUCUUCUAUGUGAACGAUGACAGUCUAGCAGUUGAUAUUGAAGCCAAGUAUUUGUUUGGGGAGACAGUCAAUGGUCAUGGAUUUGUUGUAUUUGGUGUGAUUACUGAAGAUAAAGGGAAGAUCAGUUUACCAGGAUCCUUACAGAGAGUGAAGAUCUGGGAUGGAAGUGGAAGAGCAGAACUGAGAAGAAGACACAUCCUAGAGACCUUCCCAAACAUCAUGCAGCUUGUUGGCCAAUCACUGUACAUUACAGUGAGUCUGCUGACCGAGUCUGGCAGUGAAAUGGUGGAAGCUCACAAGAAAGGCAUUCAGAUUGUGACGUCACCGUACACCAUCCACUUCAAAAGAACACCACAAUUCUUCAAACCUGGAAUGCCUUUCGAUGUCUCGGUCUAUGUAACAAAUCCUGACCAGACACCUGCUAAAAAUUUGGAAAUGGAGGUCAAUCCUGGAAGGGUCAGAGGUCAAACAAGAGACAAUGGCAUUGCAAAGGUCACCAUAAACACUCCGGGAGGAUCUUCUACUCUAGAGAUCACUGCAAAGACCAAAGAUCCACAAUUAAGCGAUGGACAGCAGGCAGUGAAGAAGAUGACGGCUCAGGCUUAUGUUCCCAAAGGCAGCUCCAACAAUUACUUGCACAUCGGCAUUGAUACUGCAGAGCUUCAGAUCGGUGAUCAAAUGAAAGUCAAUCUGAACAUGGGAAGAAGUCCAGGAGUCAGAGAUCAGGAUUUCACCUAUAUGAUCUUGAGUAAAGGUCAGAUCGUUCAAGCAGACAGAUUUAAGAGGAAAGGACAAGCUCUAGUGACUCUGUCUCUACCUGUAACCAAAGACAUGGUGCCGUCCUUCCGCUUCGUGGCUUAUUACCAUGUGGGCUCGUCUGAGGUGGUGUCUGAUUCAGUCUGGGUCGACGUGAAGGACACGUGCAUGGGAACGCUUAAAGUAGAAGUUCACGAUCCAGUAAAUGUCUAUGAGCCUGGUGAAGAGUUUGGCCUGAGAGUAACAGGAGACCCUGGUGCCAAGGUUGGGUUGGUUGCUGUCGAUAAAGGUGUUUACGUUCUCAACAACAAGAACAGACUAACUCAAACAAAGAUCUGGGAUGUUGUUGAGUCACAUGACACUGGCUGCACAGCAGGAAGUGGAAAAGACAGUAUGCAAGUUUUCAGCGAUGCCGGCCUGUUGUUUGAGUCCAGCUCUGCUGGAGGAACUAGCAUCAGAACAAAUGCCGCUUGCCUUUCUUCAUCUCGAAGGAAAAAACGAGAAGUAACCAUAACAAAUCUCAAGGAGACUCUAGUGAACAAAUACUCUGGCCUUGAAAAGGAAUGCUGUAUGGAUGGAAUGAAGAAUAUGGUUGAUUUGAGCUACACUUGUGAGUAUCGGGCAGGAUUCAUCCAGGAUGGAGAGGAGUGCAGACGGGCUUUCCUGCACUGCUGCAGUGAGAUGACCACCCGCAACAAAGAGUCGGAUAAACAAGGAGAAGAGACUCUAGCCCGCAGUGAAACUGAAGAGUUUGUGAACUCAGAUGACAUUGUGUCACGUACGCUCUUCCCUGAAAGUUGGCUUUGGGAGGAAGUGGUGUUGCCCAACUGUCCGUCAAAUAAUCGCCAGUGUCAAACAACCACCGUACCCAAGGACGGCCUCCAUUUGAAAGACUCCAUAACUACCUGGGAAAUCACAGCCAUCAGCUUGUCCAAGACUCAUGGUAUCUGUGUGGCAGAUGUCCAUGAGAUGACAGUGAUGAAGAACUUCUUUAUUGACCUAAAGAUUCCAUAUUCAGCUGUGCGCAAUGAGCAAAUUGAAAUCAAGGCCAUUAUCCACAACUUCUACAGCAGAAAAGUAAAGGUGCGUGUGGAACUGAAGGAAACCAAGGACAUCUGCAGCCCGGCCAGUAAUAGAAAGAAAUUCCAAACUGUAGUGACAGUAGAUGCUAAAUCAUCUUUUUCUGUACCUUUUGUCAUCGUCCCAAUGGCUUUGGGACGUCACGCCAUUGAGGUGAAGGCAUCUGCCUCGGGACGUGGGAGCGAUGGCGUGAAGAAAGAUCUCCUAGUGGUGUCUGAAGGUGUUUUGAACAAACUUAAUGAGAAUCUACAAUUGAGUCCUUCUAAACGAGGUGGUCAACAUGCGCAGGUGAUCAAGAGCCUUAUACUGAGGGACCAGGCACCCAACACACCAGCCAGCACAUAUAUAUCUGCAAUAGGAGAUAUAAUUAGUAUAACAAUAGAGGCGGCUAUUAGUGGUCAUGCCAUGGGGUCCCUGAUUUUCCAGCCUGGUGGCUGCGGGGAGCAGAACAUGGCUGGCCUAACGAUGCCUGUCAUUGCAACGCAUUACCUGGAUAAAACCAAUCAGUGGCACACUGUGAAGGCUGGGCUUAGGCAGACAGCUGUUUACUAUAUCACCAAAGGUUACAAUCAAGAGCUGGCGUAUCGUAAAAGUGAUGGCUCAUAUGCGGCAUAUAUCAGUCGGCAAAGCAGCACCUGGUUGACAGCAUAUGUUGCUAAAGUAUUUGCCAUGUCCAGUAACAUCAUACACAUAAACCAGAAUGUGAUCUGCUCUGCUCUCAAGUGGCUCAUACUGUACAAGCAGUUACCUAAUGGCAUUUUCAGAGAAGACGCGCCUGUAAUGUCUGGAUCAAUGACUGGGAAUGUACAUGGGACAGACACAGAAGCAUCCAUGACGGCAUUUGUGCUCAUCGCCCUUCAGGAGGGGAGAAACCUUUGUGCUGGCCAAAUCUCAAGUCUGGACGGUAGCAUAUCUAAAGCCGUUGCGUACCUUAGGUCUCGGAUAUAUGGUCUGACGAAUCCAUACUCAGUGGCUAUGACAUCUUAUGCUCUAGCCAAUGGAAACGCACUUGACAAACAAGCCCUGUUUAGAAAAGCCUCUGCAGAUAGGAGUCAUUGGCCCAUCUCUGGAAACAGUUACUUUACUCUUGAGGCUUCGGCCUAUGCGCUUCUGGCUCUUGUUAAAGCUAAAGAUUUUCAGGCUGCAGCUCCCAUUGUAAACUGGCUCAACAGCCAGAGGCAGUCCAGUGGAGGAUAUGGCACGACUCAGGCCACCAUUAUGGUGUUUCAGGCUGUUGCUGAGUACAGGAUUCAUGUGAAAGACAUAAAGCAGUUAGACCUGGAGGUGACGAUCCAAGUGGAAGGCAGCCGGCAGCCGAUUGUAUGGAAGUUCAGCAAAGAAGACGCUCAUCUCGCAAAAACAACGAAGAUUCCAUCUAAUAGGGAGAUCACUGUCAGUGCCAAGGGUGCUGGAGAGGCCUCUGUAACUGUUGUGACUGAGUAUUAUGCAAAACCAAAAGAGAGCAGUGGCACCUGCAAGAACUUUGAGCUUGAUUUGACUUUUGAGAGGGACGAUCAAGUAACAUAUCGCGGUGCAACUGAGAGUUAUAAACUCACUAUCAAUACCAGGUAUCUGUCCGCUGACAGGGAUGCCACCAUGUCUAUACUGGAUAUAUCAUUACUGACAGGAUUUGUUGUGGAUGAGAAUGAUCUGAAAGUGCUGUCAACUGGACAUGACAGGCUGAUUGAGAAAUUUGAGAUGAACAAGCAACUUUCAGAGCGAGGAUCCCUCAUCAUCUACCUGGACAAGAUUUCUCAUAAAAGGAAAGAUUGGAUCACCUUCAGGCUGCACAGGGUUAUGAACGGAGGCUAUAUUCAACCAGCAGCAGUCACUGUAUAUGAAUACUACUCUAUAGAAAAUCGCUGUGUGAAGUUUUAUCAUCCGACCAGGAAGGAAGGAGCUCUUAAAAAAAUCUGUAAGCAAGAUGUCUGUCGGUGUGCCGAAGAAAACUGCAGUCUUCAACGGAAGGAGAAAAUUCACGAGGCUCAGCGUAAUAAGAAAGCAUGUGAACCAAAAAUAAAUUAUGUUUAUAAGGCUGUUCUGCUGAGGGCAGAUGAUGACGCUUCAUCAGUUUAUUACAAUAUGAGGAUUGAAAGUGCCCUCAAAACAGAGACGGAAAACAACGUGGUGGGGAAGCAGCGCGUUUUCACCGUACAGAUCUCUUGCAAAGAAGCUUUGGAUCUGAAGCGGGGUGAGAGCUAUCUGAUCAUGGGCCAGUCUGAUGAUGUCCAACUGGAAGGUGGAAAAAUUCAGUACGCUCUGGGCGAGAGGACAUGGGUGGAGUUUUGGCCCAGCUUGGAGCAGAGCAAGAUAAGUGCUGAACUCAAAGAAAAAUACAACGGCAUGUUGAGUCUCCAGCAGGAUCUGCGCUUCGGCUGCGGCUAAUCCGUCAAAACGGCCCUAAUGCCAGACUAAUGCUUUGAGAUGCUCAAUGACAUAAUUAAAUAUUACAAUUCACAAAGUCCGUAUAGCUUGCUUAUAACUGUUAAACAUAAUUGCAUAAACGCAUAAAAGAAAUGUUACAUGUUUAAGCAGAUUUCCAUAAUAAAAAAAUUCUAAGUUGAUCAAAA